UUCCACACACUAGCUGCGUCAUCAGCAGGAAUCAAGAUGGCCCUCUACUUCGAUUCAUGGGCGACUGAGAUGUUGGCCAUCCUGUCAACGCUUUUCAUGAUAAUGUAUGUAACAUUUAAAAUCAAUUACACGUACUGGAAGAAGAAAGGUCUGCCAUAUCUGGAGCCGUCUUUCCCGCUGGGAAAUGGCUGGAACGCAAUACUAAUGAGGAAAUGCCCAGGCGAGGAUAUGAAAGACGUGUAUUUUGAAACAGAAGGCAAAGCAGUCGUCGGUAUUUACUCAUUAAAUAAUCCUCUUCUCGUUGUGCGGGAUCCAGAAAUGAUCAAAAUGAUCAUGGUGAGGGAUUUCAACUACUUUCCUGACCGGGGCAUCUACGUAGACGAGGAGACAGAUCACCUGUCGGCGCACCUCUUCUUCCUGGGAGGAACCAAGUGGAAGGGUCUGCGCCAGCAGCUGACGCCCACGUUCACGUCGGGAAAAAUGCGCGCCAUGUUCGGCAUAGUGCGCGACUGUGCUCGUAUUAUGGUGGACAUCAUACCCUCGGGCAGAGAUGUGGAAGUCCGGGAGCUGAUCGCCCGCUACUCUACUGACGUCAUCGCUUCCUGCGCCUUUGGCAUCGACGUCGACAGUCAGCACAACCCCGAGGCGGAGUUCCGGCAGUGGGGGCGGCGCUUCUUCCAGACAUCCCUGCGCUCUUACCUGACUCUGUCUCUGGGAUUCUCUAAUCCCAAGCUGCGCACCCUGCUGCCUUUACCCUUCACACCGAAGGAUAUCGCAGAUUACUUCACGCGCGUUGUUGAUGAUACUGUCAAACACCGAGAGAAGACAGGCAUCAUCAGGAAGGACUUCAUGCAGUUGAUGAUUCAGUUGAAGAACAAUGGAUAUGUUGAUGACAGCUUCUCAAUCACUGGGAAGAAGGGUGCUGAACGUGGAAAUAAGACUCUGACGACCAAGGAGAUGGCAGCACAGGCGUGGGUGUUCUUUCUUGGUGGAUUCGAGACCUCUUCCACCACCGUAAGUUUCUGCCUGUACGAGCUCUCCAGACAUCCGGAUAUCCAGAAGAAACUGCAAGAAGAAGUUGAUGACGUAAUGAGAAAGACCAACGGUGAUGUGACGUAUGAUGAUAUAAUGACCAAGAUGCCAUACAUAGAAAAGGUGGUAAACGAAACCCUUCGAAUGUAUCCACCCGUUACAGUUCUGAAUCGCGAGGUGGCGCAGGAUUAUAAGCUGCCAGGAUAUGACUGUGUCUUGGAAAAAGGAACUAAGGUGAUUAUUCCAGUCAUGGGACUGCAUUAUGACAGGAAGUACUUUCGAAAUCCAGAGGAAUUCGACCCGGAGCACUUUUCCGAGGAGCAGAAAGCAUCCAGGCAUCCCUACAGCUAUCUGCCUUUUGGCGAAGGGCCACGCAUAUGCAUCGGCAUGCGUUUCGGGUUGAUGCAGGUGAAGACGGCAAUAGUACAUCUGCUGUCAAAAUUUGACAUUCUGCCCGUCGGAGACAAGCAGUCUAAGCUACGCAUGGCUCCCAACACUGUGGUGCUGACACCGAUCGGAGGAAUCCACCUGAGGUUGGAGCGGCGAAAAGUGACUGCGUGCUGAAGAUCUCCAGCGGCUGUGAACAGCUCUGCAGAAACCUCACAAACACUGUGUUCACAUGAAAAGACUCAUGGAACAUGGACUUCACUACAUCAAUUACACUGUGAUGCUUCAGAUUGUUGAUAGUGACAAAUUUCCUACUGAUACAGUUGGUCUAUCAACAGAUGUCACCGUUUCUGUACUGUGCAUAUUGUUCAUCAACACUGAUAUCACUGUCAAGUUGGAUAAGUAUCUAUUUAUAGAAACACUUGUAUAGCAAUGCCUAUCGCUUCUUUACCUUGUUGUUUCUGUAUGUCAGGAAGAAGAGUUCAAGUCGAAAUGUAGUUUAUUUACAUA